AUGCCCGGUAGCUCUGCCACCAAAGCUCCAACCACUGGAAGUGAGGUGGCGGCAGAGACGGGCAAUGCCGCUGCUCCGGGCCUCUCCAUUCGGAGGGGGGAAGCCGGGGGAGACGCCCCCUCCUCGUCGCGGUCGGAGUCGUCCGACUCCGAGCUCACAAGGAGGGAGGGCAUCGUCGAGAGGGACAGUAAAGUUGUCGGCCCAUUCAGCAAUGGCGGCCGCAGUGUCGGCUCUGCGGCUCUGUCUGUCGUCCACCAGCAGCGCCACACAAUGCCGACACAGGCAGAGCGGAGAGAGCGCCAAGACGGCAUGUUCAUGCCAAAGGCAGCCCUCGCUCACCUCAUGGCCGUCAUAUGCACGGUGGAUGGAGGAGCGGUGUGGUUUGAGACAAUGACGCGUGGACUCCAGAAGGUCAGGCGUCUCUCCUCCAUCUCCUCGGUCCUCCAGCCCACCUUCCUACUCACCACUGAGUGGCUCUGGUACUGGGAGGAAGAGGAUGGGAACUGGAACCAGUACGAUUCACCGAACAACAGCAGCACAGAGCUGGAGCAGAGGUUCCAGAACGACCCCCAGGAGGUGGUGGAGUUCACCGCAGGGUCCCAGGCCUACACACUCAGCCUCAAGGACAUGAUUCAGACCAAUAAGACAUACGGCACCAAGAGGCUGGUGAGGCGACGGCCUCGGUUCCUGUCCUCCGCCGACGUGCAGAUCAUCAGGAAAGUUCUGCUGCAAGAUUCGUCCGAAGAAUACAAGGAGGUGGAGACGCUGUUUCGUCAGACGAUGACCGACUUUGACAUCGUGAAGAUCGAGAGGAUUCAGAACAAGAGUCUCUGGGACCAAUUUCAGUUGCAAACGGAACAAAUGAAGAUGAGGAAUGGGGGUCGUUACGUGGCCGAGAGGAAGCUGUUCCACGGCACAGACUCCAAGUUCAUCAACGCCAUCUGCUGCUCGAACUUUGACUGGAGGAUCUGCGGAAUCCACGGGACUGCCUACGGCAAGGGCAGUUACUUCGCCCGGGACGCCAGCUACUCCCACAAAUACAUUGGGAACGCCUCGACGGUCCGCUCCAUGUUCGUGUCCCGGGUGCUGGUGGGCCACCACACCUGGGGUGAUGCCAGCUACGUGCGCCCGCCCUCCAAGGACGGCGGGGACACCCUCAUUAAGGGUGCACUUAGCCGGCGCACAUUCUACGACAGCUGCGUCGACGACAUCCACUCACCCUCCAUCUUUGUCGUCUUCGACCGGCCUCAGAUCUACCCGGAGUUCCUGCUCACGUACAAGGAGAAGGCUGCGGUCGUGGACGACUCGUUGCCUGGGUUACUGGCCGCCGCCGACGUGCAGAUCAUCAGGGCAAGCCCACUUUUACAUCGGGCACUUUGGACCGCUGACCAUAAAAUAGACACAGAACGGGUCCUUUCUAUUAUGCUUCAGGUGAAGUUAUUGAUAUUUUUUUAUUUCAGUAGAAAUGGUCCACCAAAUUUCCAAGCUUUUCCCAGACACUGGGACAAGACCCAGGUUCCUGAUGUUGGAUACAAGAAAGUUCUGCUGCAAGAUUCGUCCGAAGAAUACAAGGAGGUGGAGACGCUGUUUCGUCAGACGAUGACCGACUUUGACAUCGUGAAGAUCGAGAGGAUUCAGAACAAGAGUCUCUGGGACCAAUUUCAGUUGCAAACGGAACUAAUUAAGAUGAGGAAUGGGGGUCGUUACGUGGCCGAGAGGAAGCUGUUCCACGGCACAGACUCCAAGUUCAUCAACGCCAUCUGCUGCUCGAACUUUGACUGGAGGAUCUGCGGAACCAACGGGACUGCCUACGGCAAGGGCAGUUACUUCGCCCGGGACGCCAGCUACUCCCACAAAUACAUUGGGAACGCCUCGACGGUCCGCUCCAUGUUCGUGUCCCGGGUGCUGGUGGGCCACCACACCUGGGGUGAUGCCAGCUACGUGCGCCCGCCCUCCAAGGACGGCGGGGACACCCUCAUUAAGGGUGCACUUAGCCGGCGCACAUUCUACGACAGCUGCGUCGAUGACAUCCACUCACCCUCCAUCUUUGUCGUCUUCGACCGGCCUCAGAUCUACCCGGAGUUCCUGCUCACGUACAAGGAGAAGGCUGCGGUCGUGGACGACUCGUUGCCUGGGUUACUGGCCGCCGCCGCGCUGGUGGUGAAACCCACACCUGUGGUAAAACCCCCGCCUGGGGUGAAACCCAUGCCUGUGUCCAGAGCCAAGCCCCCUCAGUUCCCUGGCGCUUUCUCGUACUUGAAUGGCGUCCCUCCACCACCACAGCCCUACCGCCACCACACAAAAGCUCUACCCAACCCCCUCCCGGCCACGCGUGUGCCCAGAGCCAUGCCGCUCAGAGGUUCGGCUUAUGAGUACGCUUCCACGUACCCCAAAGCCGUCCCUCUGUCAGAGCCCUACUACCCCCCCCCCCCUAGCGGCUAUGCGGACCCGCCCCCAAAGGACGACGACGACACCCUCUUCUACGACAGCUGGGACGAGGACAGCUGAGAGGAACUACCAUAGCCCAAAGCCGAAGGCAAAGGACUCGUGUGUGUUCUGUAAAAGGGCUUUGGGGUCUGGGACCCGUCGUUCUCAUCUGGAAAGCGAGAACGACGAAAAGGUAUAAUAAUAAGAAUAUGUAUUGAUGUACUUUCAAUUUAGGCAAAAUACACAGAGAAAAAUGCUUUAUGUUAACCGUUGGUUACACAUAUAUAUAUAUCUCCCACAUGACAUUUUGUAAAGUGUUGAAAAACAAUCCGAUAUAACGACGCUAAAUACUCACAGCUCACUUCUCCUUGUUUAUUUUCACUUCAGUCAUAUCAUUCAAAAACGACUGUGACGCAACUGUGACGCAAGACGUUGAAAAAAGCAAACCUGUGCCACCACACAGACCCCUUGCCACACCACAGACCCCUCGCCACACCACACAGACCCUUAGGCACACCGUAGGCCCCGUUGCCAUACUACAGGCCCCGGCUCCGGGGCUGCAGCCGGAUGCUACUCGGUGGUGGUGGCCCACAUUUCCCAACUCGUUCUCUGAGGGGCGUGAUGCGUCUCCGCCACCAGAGGGAGCCAGAGGGCUGUUCCGCCCAUAGGAGAGACAGAGACGCUUCUACUGCGGAGUACCUGUGACCGUCAAUAAAGUUGAAAUAGUAACACAAAAGGAAAUAAUGGGUUGUAUGAUAUUCAGAAACCAUUAGACCUACAAGUUACCUUUGAGUUGUGUUUGCUGUGUUUGUGUAUGGCACUUAGUUGUGCUUUAUAUCUUUAUUGUAGGCCACUACUUUUUAUCUCUACAAAAAUAAUAAAUGUAUAAUAGAUGAGUCAAUAACGAUUCAUGAUGCUGUAUAUUACCCUUGUUUACAACAUGUGGUACCCUCAGCCAUCCCGGAAAACACUUUUAUGGUUGGAAGUCGACGCAAAAUGACCACGCAGUCGCUUCGACGCCCAGGCCUGCCUUAACCUGCCAUUGGG